AUGGCCGACACCAGAUCGUGGAUUCGUUCCCCAGACGAACAGUCAAAUGCUGUGCUCUGUGCGAGUUCAAGAUUGCCGACACCACCACCAGGCCUUCGGGCAGGCCCAACUGCCCGUCCAGAGUCGUUCAAAUUGAUGAUGUCCCCAAUCGACCCGCACACUCGGACCGCGCCUUGUGCAGGUCCCGGCAUGGACAAACCUGUCUCUGGCAUCUUUACAAUCGAUCCCAUCCGGCCUGACACUCCUCCUCCGGAGCCCCAAGGUAGCAGCUAG